AUGCGGUGCGCGAACAAGGCCGCUGAGAGCGCGUCUGCACGUCUCUGUGCAGACGACAAAGCAGAAAUUGCUGCAACUGAUGUGUCAUCGGUUGCUAAAGCGUCUCAGUCUGUAUCACCUGGGGAUGCAGACGCUCGUCAUGAAGACACUCAUGUCUUCACAAAGUAUGAGCUCGGAGUCUCAUACUCUCCUAUUACGGAAGACGGAUCCGUAUCGACGGCGAUCGAAUCCAAGCCGCCUGCCAAGCGUGGCAUGGAUAAUGCUUUGCGUCGCAGCAUCUUUGGUUCAUCUGAUUCAUCAGAUGAACCAUCGCCGAAGCGAAGGCGCUCGAGAUCGCGAGACUCGGGCGCUAAUAGUGGUGUCGGUUCUCCUCUGGACACCACUUCGCAACGAGUUGCCAGUCCUUCUGUCGGCACAUCGCAAGAAGAGCGGGAUCACAAUGUCGUGCGUCUCGCUCCUGAAAAGAAGGCAUGGAUGCCUCCUAAAUCUGUCAUGGAUCACUUGUCGGCGACGACGAGUGAUCGUUAUCGAACACGGUUGUUCGAUUCGUCAAGGAUCCAUCACCUUGACCCCAGCGCGAAAAACUAUCGCGCUGAACAUGAAUUCUUCAUCGAUGCUUUCUUUAGACAUCGAUGGUACAGUGGGAAUCACAAGCGUGAUGGUCCAUCACUACUUCAGGCGUUGAACGCUUACAUCUAUAACCUUGAGGUUGUAGGCCGUGACGUUUGGAACACUAAACUCAUCAAAGCUCGUGAUAAGUUUAAAAAGAACCCCGACAGGUGCACGCUAUAA